ACCAUCAGCCAUUACACUUACAGAGCCCGAGGCCGCCUAUUGCGCCUAUUACGGCCAAGGCAGACAAGACUAUAUUGACUAGUAGACUGUUGUGUAGCAUUAUGGCGCCAUUAUUUAUCUCUUAAUUACCUGUAUCUUAGUGACGACUUGUCGAAAGUAAAGCGACACCAUAAGAGUAGACGAUCCCCCUAUCCUCAUCACUCAAUUGCACACCACGCCAGGUGACAGACACUGUUUCCCACUCAAUUCACUGAUAGUCAGAUUUGAACACCAUAUACUGAUACCAUGGAUUUUCUAAAACGCUAUUUCGGGAGAAACACCGAUACCAAAUACAAGUAUCGUGGCGCCAAACUCCCGAGAGAACCUUUGACGCCGCGCGAGAUUGAGGAGAUGCACAAGAAGCUGCAUCCUGAUACGCACAUAGACAACGCGGCGGAACAAAAGCCUAUAUUUGACCCCCGGGACUGGAGUGUGCCUUAUACGCGAUCAUUAGAAGAACAAUUCUCUGCCACUGGCUCGCUCCAAAAGGCGCAAUCGAAAUCAUUAUUGUUUAGCCGACUGCCGCCAGAGGUGCGCAUGCAGAUUUGGCGCCAUGUCGUGGGCAAUCACAAGGUGUACCUGACUGUGCAUCGUGGCAGACUGAGGCAAUCUGCGUUCGAGUCGAACGGUUAUCAAUGGUCGCCACAGAUAGGACUCUUGAGAGUUCCAAUGCUUUGCCGAGCAGCAUACAUGGAGUCCAUCUCGUACCUCUACUCCGACAACACCUUCUGCUUUGGCUUUGGUCAAGCAAGCUCAAAGUCAGCUCUCACAUCGCUAGACACAAUGCUUCCCAAGCAACACAUUGCUUCCAUACAACACAUCGAAGUCGGAUGGCACCUAUUUGGUGGUGUUAGUCAGUACUAUGACAGCCAUUCUCAAGCCUGGGACUUUACCCUGGACGUCCCAGCCCCUGAGACAGAAGCGCUGUGGAACAAUGUUUGCUCUGAGCUCAUCAAACUAUCGCAUGUGCGGACGUUGCGGAUCGUGGUUUGGCUGUCUGGCGACGGAAGAGCACAGUUUGUGGAAAUGGAGAGAGGCAUGCUUGCGCCGCUGGUUGCGAUGGGGCAUUUAGAGCGAUUUGAUAUUCAUUUGCCCUGGAACCAAGAUGAUCCCUUGCUGUGGAAUGAUGCACCGUUUGGGGUUUCCAGGCGUUUCAAGGUCAAGGAAAUGUACGGUGUGAGCAUUCCAUUGCUCGAUGAUGACUUUUACUGGUCGGGUUUAGCCGCCUAGCAGAGGAGAUUUAGGUGAGCAAUUGGGUGCAGUUUAGCGGAAUGCUUAUCCAAAGAUGAUGGCUUACAAAGGUUUCUGAACAGGUAGCGUUGGGGCUGUAAAGAAUUUUAUUUGAAUUUAAUUGAUUUAACCUUGGUCAGCUUAGUUGUUUCUGGAGUCAUGAAUGGAGAGGCCAUGGUAAUGCUAGGGAUUCGUUGUA